CGCAGACCUGGCAGCAGCGUCCGUCGGCGCGCGCCACCCUCCUGCGCCCUUGCCAACCAUGGGGCCAACUCGCAACUCUUAAGGCUCAGCCUCGGGCCAAGGGAAAUCAGAGAAGCUGCGAGCAGAAGCCAAGAUGAGUUUCCGCAAGGAGGACGGGGUGAGCAGCCUGUGCCAGAAGGCGCUGCACAUCAUCACCGAGCUGUGCUUCGCGGGCCAGGUGGAGUGGGACAAGUGUUCGGGCAUCUUUCCAGCCGAUAGGAGCGGCCAGGGCGGAGGUGGCACAGACAUUUCAGUCAGCCUGUUAGCAGUUGUUGUAAGCUUCUGUGGCCUGGCCCUGCUGGUUGUCUCCCUUUUCGUCUUCUGGAAGUUGUGCUGGCCCUGCUGGAAGAGCAAGCUCGUGGCCCCCAAUGUCAGUACCCUUCCGCAGAGCAUCUCAAGUGCUCCAACUGAGGUUUUUGAGACCGAAGAGAAAAAAGAAGUCGAAGAAAAUGAAAAGCCAGCACCAAAAGCUAUUGAGCCUGCAAUAAAAAUCAGCCACACAUCCCCCGACAUCCCAGCAGAAGUGCAAACUGCUUUAAAGGAGCAUUUAAUUAAACAUGCCCGUGUGCAGAGGCAAACGACCGAUCCUACAUCUUCAUCCCGCCACAAUUCCUUCAGGAGGCACCUACCAAGGCAAAUGAACGUCUCCAGUGUUGACUUUAGCAUGGGCACGGAACCUGUCUUACAAAGAGGAGAAACCAGAACCAGCAUCGGGAGGAUAAAACCGGAACUCUAUAAGCAGAAAUCAGUUGACUCCGAGGGCAACAGAAAAGACGACGUCAAAACCUGUGGGAAACUUAACUUUGCGCUCCAGUACGAUUAUGAAAAUGAACUCCUAGUUGUUAAAAUUAUCAAAGCUCUAGAUCUCCCAGCUAAAGAUUUCACAGGAACUUCUGAUCCUUAUGUGAAGAUCUAUCUUCUUCCGGACAGGAAGAAGAAAUUUCAGACCCGUGUGCACCGGAAGACUUUAAACCCUCUGUUCGAUGAGCUAUUUCAGUUCCCGGUGGUUUACGAUCAGCUAAGCAACCGCAAAUUACACUUUAGUAUAUAUGAUUUUGACAGAUUUUCCAGACACGACAUGAUUGGGGAAGUGAUUCUUGAUAAUUUAUUUGAAGUCUCUGAUCUCUCCAGGGAAGCCACAGUAUGGAAAGAUAUCCACUGUGCAACCACAGAAAGCAUAGACCUGGGCGAAAUCAUGUUUUCCCUUUGCUAUUUGCCAACUGCUGGUCGCAUGACCUUGACUGUGAUCAAGUGCAGAAAUCUGAAGGCAAUGGACAUUACCGGAUCAUCAGAUCCUUAUGUCAAAGUGUCUCUGAUGUGUGAGGGCCGAAGACUUAAAAAAAGAAAAACAACUACAAAGAAAAAUACUCUCAAUCCCGUGUACAAUGAAGCCAUUAUUUUCGAUAUCCCUCCAGAAAAUGUGGACCAGGUCAGCCUGUGCAUUGCGGUCAUGGAUUACGACAGGGUGGGACACAAUGAGGUCAUAGGUGUGUGUCGAACUGGACUAGACGCUGAGGGUCUUGGAAGAGACCAUUGGAAUGAAAUGCUGGCCUAUCACCGAAAGCCAAUCACACACUGGCACCCCUUGCUGGAGUUACCUGGCCGAGCAACCAGUUUUGACAGUCAAGGAUCCUGCUCUUCUCCCAGGCCACCGUCCACACCAUAAAAGCCUCCAAAUAAAACCACAUCACAGAAAGACCUAGAAUCAUGGGCUCAUUGAAUCAGAAACACAUACACACAGAAAACACCCAUGCACAGGACAUUUGGCUUCUUCAUUUAAAAUAGACCCAUGAUAAUUAAUAACUUGAUGCAUAAUUUCUUUUGGCUUAUGUGUUUUUAACUUUGAGUUUAUUAAUACAUUCUACUUGAGUACUAAUAGUCCUUAGUUACCUAUGGCGUUUAACUUUCAUGUCUUCUCUCUACUAGCACAGUGUUUUAAUAUGUUGUAAUUCUUUGCCUAAGCAACAAAAUAAGAUUUUUGAGAAGAGAAUCCACAUGUAUGUAAAAUUAAAUAUAGUUUAUGCCUGUGUUGUGUGAAAUAGUGUAACGUGUCAUCUCCAACCGUAUAUACAUUUCUAUCUGAACUUUAAUGUGCAAACUUAAAUCAGUUCAACAGAAUCAACUCCUUCAAAUCCUAAUUAACAUCACGUGUCCAAUAAUAGUUUUUCUUCCAUGAUCAGCAUUUCUGUCAUCAAGGUAUAUCUCUCAAGCUUCUGUUUUAGGGACACUCAGCUAAGCUGCAAAAUGAAGAAUCAUUUUAAAUAUAACUGUACAACGUGACGUUGAGCGCCUGGUAAACGACGCUAUCAGCUUCCAAUGUCUUACCAUUGCAUUAGUUAGACCGGCUGUACUGCUGACGGAUAGUUUUAAAACGCCUAGUAAUCUUCACCUCCAGUGCAGCUUGAGGUAUUCCUAAGUGGCUACAGUCAUAAGUUUGUCUUUCAAGGUUCUCUAGUACUGUGGUGUGUCUGUCCUGUAACUUGGAGCUGUCCUGCGGCUCCCGUGCUUUUGAUGGAUCACACUUCAUAGAAACCAAAGGUCCAGUGAAGCUCUCUGUGCCCAUUGUCCUUUAGAUGGACAGGCGUUGACUCCUCCCACCCAGAGGCUCAUCACUCAUCGCUAGAGCUAGACAGACUCUCAAGGACAAAACUUAGAUGCAUGCUAUAAACAGUGCAGCUUUCACGCUUAAUAAAAAUAAAUGCAUUUCAAAGGUCCAAACAGUCAGCUCUUUAAUGAAAGGAAGGAUUAAUGAUCAGACCAUUAGAGGUUAAAGAAAAAACCCAACUAUGCAGAUGCUUUUUCUUUUUACAAGAUAGAACGGUCUUUGAAAUCAGGGCAGCUUUUUGCUGUCUCGUUUUAAGACCCUAUCAGAAGGAGCCUAAGCAGAAUUAUAAUAACCUUGCUUUCCAGGUGUGCAUAUUUAAAGCUUAUUCCACAAUAAGGUUUCUAAAAGGGAAGAAAAUUUAUAUUUGAAUUUUUAAAACAAGUUCGUUAGGAUGAGAAAGUUUUGUCACAAAUUAUGAACCUUUUUAUAUUUGUAAAAGUCCCUUAUUUCAAGGGACUUAUAUAUAUAUAUAAGAAAUAUAUAUUUAAAGUCCUGCAAUUUCUCUCAUAAAGAUUCAGUUGCUGUUAGCCAGGAUGCCAGCACGUCUCAUUCAUAUUUAUAGCGUAAACUCAGUUCUACCUAAAGCUUUGGGAUAAUGGCUGUGUCCAGCUAAUGAAAACAUACUACUAAACUUUUUCUUAUUAAAAAUAAGAGAAACACAUCUGAAAACACUUGACAGUCCUGUCAAAACAAAACAAAAUAACCCUAGACAGUAGACAUGGAUGUGUCAUUUCUCAAGUCCACAAAGUAUGCAUUUUCGCUCAAAAUGACAUCAUACAGACUUACUCCUUGAAAAACCACAGCUAAUUUCCCAAGGAGAACAGGCUAAACCUUCUUAAGCAUUUACGAUGCUGUGAAAGAGGUUAAAGAGAGUAAAUUCACAACUGUCUUUCAGUUAAUAUGUGAGAGACAUUUUCUCAGAGUGAUGCACAAAUUCAUUAGAACAACAGUUCAUUGAGAGAAAAUACACUCCUUACGGGUCUUACACAGCCACACACAGAAAUUUCUCUCUGCUUGUGAGCUGUUAAUCUCUCGGUGUUUAAAAUAUGGUUCCGUGUUCCAGAUCUGCCGCCCUCCCCUCCCCCGACUAACUUGUGGAAGGGCACGUACGAUGCAGGUCAACGUGGCAUUCACUAAACUGCCAAUGUCAAGGAUUCAUUCAGGGACUUACCACUAUAUGCAUCUAGGAAAAAGAUUCAGUGUUGCCUUGUGGGCGGGACAGCACUGUUGCUAGGUACCGAAUAUGACAGACACCAGUGUCCGGUGCCCAGUCAUUUCAGAAAACCAGAAGCUGAUUGGUUUAGAGUCUUGAUUUUCUUCUUCAUUGGUGUCCUACAUUGGAUUUUAGUCCAAAGGUCCAGGAAUGAUCACUGCUUCCUAAUACACUUUUCUUAACAGUUCCUGUUUCCUUUCUCAGGCCACCCUGUGUUGCUGGCACUUUACACGUAAAACUCACCAUAGUCAGACACACUCAGUUCAGUCGCAAAUAUUAGGACAAAUGACAGAAAAGUAGUGGCAGGAAGUGGAGCCAAUCACAUGCCUACACGAAGUUCGGCGUGCACUCGCUCGUUACUGCAGGGAGCUCGCAAACGACUAAUACUGUCUCAGGGUUUAUAUUAGAGCAAAUGUAUUUGAGCUACUUGGUUGCAAUGUUUAAGUGACAUUCACAACUGUGCUUACUCUCCUGGUGUGUUUAUUCUUUUAAAAGUUUCCAGGGUCAAUAAAGAACUAGCAGUUUCUUGAAGCUUAACAGUUACUUAACAGUUCACUUAACAGUUACUUCAGAAGUUAGAAAAAAAAUCAAAAUCCCAUUCUCAUGCGAAUCCUACUAUCUAUAAAACAAAAUAUAAUUUAUUCCAAGAUGGGAUGCCCAAGCAGCCAGGAAUUAUUACAAUAAAGAAGCAUAAAAUUAUAACACUGAACACAAAUCAAUUUCUUUCUACCUCUUCAAACAGACGACUUGAUAUCCUUCUUGAGCAGAAUUUCUCCGAUUUUUGUCAUAAUAGCUGUGAUAUUACUACAAGUCAGUUUGUUUGCAAAUAGUAAGAAAACCGGGUUGGUAUGGCUUUAAAAAACCAUUAGGUUUAGCCAUUGGUUAAAUGUAAAGAAAUGAGACCUGUAUCACAACUUGGUCUUCUAACAAUUACAGAUGUUCUAAGCUGACAUGGUUGGUUUCAGUGCUUGUAAUUUUUAGAUUAAAGGAAGACUACUGUCAACAAGUAGGUUUUUAAAAGCCUAAGAUAAUUUAAAUAACCACAUAUUUAUUCUAAAAGAUAUUAAAGCAUAGAAAACAAUCAUAUGGAGAUGUAGGAAAAAAAGGAAUUCCUUCAAAUUUUAACUCUUAUUGGACAGUAAAUUCUCGAAUGUUCCAAAACUCCAUGACUCAGCAUUUAAUCGUCACUCAGUGACAUAGCUCAGGACAUGAUGUAUAUGAACCUGCUGUGAGGACCUAAUAUUUAGGACAAAACGAGUUUAAUAUUUUACACGAGAUAAAGAGCCAACUAAAUAAAAUACUGUUUUCGGAAUGUAAAUCCUUGGUGUUCUCUUAGCUAAGAAUUUUUUCAUUAAAAGAUCAAUAUUUAUCCAAUACUAUGUCAGUUAAGAUUAAGGUAACUACUUAGCUUCCACUAUGACAAUUGACUAAAACCAUACAUAUUUGAAUAGAGGCAUUCCAUAUUUGAUCAAAAAUGUAUUUCCAUCAUAGUGGUUAAAUCAUUAUUUUCUUUUCUUCCUGUCUAUCAUGUAACUAAGUGAAAGUUUGCUUUGGUAGCAUGACAGUGUUACACUACAGAAAUAGAGAAAUGCACUCAGUUAAGGACCAAGGUAAGCCUUAAUGCUUUGCUUAAAGAAAACAUUUGAAUACUAAAAGUAGUGACUUUAAAAAAUAGGUAAAAGAUGUUUAAGAGAAAUGAUAAUAUUUUGUAUGUCUGAGAUGAUUAAAUAUACUCCUCCCAGGGGAACUAUUUCUAUAAAUCCUAUUUUUACCUCUAUUGUGACAAGAAAUAUGAGCUGCUCUUGAUAAAUUUAUAUGGAAGUGUUUUCAUCUCAAGCCUAUGAUAAUUUUUGAUGUAGACUAUGAAACCCUUUCCAAACAGUGAGACUAUGUCUGAUUUUAUCACAGAGGGUAAAGUAAACCAUGGUCUUCUGACAUUUUGUAUUUUGUUAAGUUGCAUCUACUGUGUAGAGAAUUCCCUACUUGCUGAACAUAGGAUUGAGUUUUAGUUAUUCAACCUCAUGAGGUUUUUGUUUCCUGAAAAUAAUUUCUUGAAUAGCGAUGCAAAACUCAUUAAGGUUAAAUUAGCUUCAAUGCUGCAAAGUUAAUGUGGGAGGGGGGGGGUUAGAUUUCCUGAGGCUUUCCAAAUAGCUUCUUGUGUGCCUCAUCUGAACACUAAGGAAAUACGUUUCCAUGAUUUGCUGAAAAUUUUGUGCACCCCAAAUAAUUCUCAUCCCCAAGAUUAUGUAAAACAACAAAAUAAUCAUUCUGUAGUAAUAUUUAUAGAAAACAUUUCAUAGAUAGGUUUCAUCAAGAUUUGCUGUUUUUCCUGUAAAGUCCUUUAAGCUUUGCAUUUAAAGAAUAUGGUAGUAACAAUGUGAAGAGUUCACUGCAUAAAGGGGAAGCAGGUAAAACUCCUAUAUGUAAAAUAUUUGCAUUUAUAGCUUCUUCCUUAAACAAAGAGGUACAACACCCAGGUUGUCAACAUUAGCUGUAAUUGACCCAACAGAGCAAUGACUGGGUUCACAUUCAAACAUGGAGAAACUACAGAGCAUUGAAUUCAGAAUCAAGAUAAGUCAAUGAGAAAAGAAUUGCCUCCCGUCAUAAAUGUGAUGUUCCUCCUAACUCCUUGACAAGUAGGUAGUCACCACAUAUACUGGUGGAAACUGCUAACGUUCUUCUCGCAGAGCCUCAGGCAAUUUAAAUCCAUCAUAGUUCAUCUUCUUUGGGGUACUUCUAAGUCAUUGUUCUCAGUGUAACCUUUUAAGUGAAGUUCGUGAUUCACUUCUUAGCCACUGUUUAAAUCAGUACAUUGACUUCUACUUUCUAGAACAGAAACUGGAGUCUUGAAAUUUGUGUUCCUGACUUUUGUACGGUGACAGUCACUUGUGAAUUUUGGCAUCUUAUAAUCAUAUUACUUAGAACAGCUUUUCCGUAAACCCUCUGGAAGAUGUCCGUGCAUUGUGCUUUAGCCUUAUUUACUAUGUCUUCUUUAGAGUGUACGAACACAUUCGUCAGGAUCAGAUGAAUUAUGUAACAAUGAAACCUCAAAGCUGUUAUGAAAGGUAGUUCAUAAUUACUUUUGUAAAAGAAAUGGAAAAGCACUUGAAAUAUAAUUCUACUGUUUCAUAUGUAUUUUAAAAAAAGAAAUAAAGUCGUUAUAA